GAGUAAUGCUGAACAGCUUCCUGCACGCCAACUGGUACUAAAGCAGCCUGUUCUACGACAUUUCUUGGUAAAUACUACAUUAAUGCAGCAAGGGCGCUGCUUGAAACUACUCAUUUGUAUAAGUGUACGUUAUAAGAAAUCGUCAGCUGAUAAAUUCAAAUGCUUGCACGGAGAGCUUCCGCGUGGGUAUUAGUGCUACAUACAAGUACAAACCAAGACAGCGUGCCUCACAUUCAUUUGCCCUUGAAAUGCCCAACCGGUUUCCACCAACAACCGCGAUUUAUCGCCUCUGGAAAAUGUGCCGCGACGCCUAGCUCCACAUAAGAAGCAUAUUUACAGUGUUGGGUGAAGCCGGAGACGUGACCGAUUUACGUGUGUUAUCACUGACGUUCGUUGAAGCGAAAUCAGGUGUUGUUUUUUUGUUUCGCUGGGCUUCAGAUCUCGACGUUAUUGGGCCGGGCUGUCUUGCUAAUGGUCUUCACAAGCGGUGCGUAUCGAAGCGGUACUCAGUGAAGUUGGCUAGCGAGCGAGCGGCGCCGGGAGGCCGCGUGAAUGCCCUGGCGGUCCCCGGGCAGCUAGCCACUGUAGUGGCUCGACCAUUUCUCAGGUGCGUCCACGUUCAUCGAUGCAACAGUCACCAGCAUCGAAGUCCCUCGGCCGCCGGUCACCAGCGCCGAGACGUCGCCUAACGGUUCUCGCCAGUGGCUCCCACCAGCGUCAUCGUCGUAAUUACAGCAGCAUCGGCCACCACCACAACAACAACAACAACAACAAUAUAACCAGAUAUAACACAUGUCUGUCCCUCUCAAUCCACUGAUGCGGUCAUUACUGGCAACGACCAUCGUAUCGUGACAAAGGUCUGUUUUCGAUCUAAUCCAGGACCGGAAGGGCAGUAGCCGUCAAGAGGGGCGCCUACAAUUUUACAUUAAAUACAACCGGCAGGACAGGGCAAAGUACCCAUACGAACGAGCAAGACACGAGCACUCGACGGGUCACAACGAAACAUACCUGGCACUCAAUUUAAUUUUACGAAGUGCAGCUACUGAUACGGACAUCUUUGCCGAGCGGCAAAAGACGUAACAAUAACAGCAGUCAUAGCAGAAGUUUGCUCCCCUUUCCGAGAUAAUCAUGGCCGCAGAAUCGAUAGCAGUAACAACGAGCUAGCUGUCCGCCGUAAAACAGAACAAGCAAAACAUUCUUCUAGUCGAUUCCGUAUCGAAUCAUCGCACCCCAGUGGAUAGCCCUAUUCUGUACCAAUAUUCGAAACGUUACCGCAAAAAGCACAAAAAAUGCUGGAUGUACAAGCUAACUAGUCAGUGAAUCGAACAGGGUUGGUCAAGUAACAAUAACUAGUUCUCGCCUAUAGUUGACGUACUGCGUACGUACAAUUUAUGCCGAUAUCUGUCACCAUAUGAUAUUGAUAUGGUUGAUCACACAACACCCAAAAAUGAAUCAUCUGUCAUCAGCGUACGUGUCGUUAUUGCGACCAAUUUCUUUUCGUUUCUUCUAAGCUUCCAUUAGUCGCCGUUAAUCGUCGCCGGUAUAUCGACGAUGAUCCAUUGAAAGCAGGUGUGGUUGUCCGAUGACCAGCAUCGAUGGUGCAUCCGUUUUUUUUGUCUUCGCCACUUAAGCUAUGAACGCAGCUGAAAUUACUAGCGCUCAUUGCUAGGCUGUACAACGACCCAGUUUGGCUAGAGGCAGGGGGUCGAGCCAGCAGACUACCACCAAUCGUCAUAUAGACUCCUUUUCCCACCGUUGUACAAGCAAUUUAUCGCUCUACCACUAAUUGGAAAUCGCCAACGUAAGCUAGGAUCGCGGCGUAUUCACAGUUGCGACAUUGUUUUUCUACUGGGGUUGUUCUUUUCUAGUGUCUUGGUUACAGCGAGCAGCAAAAGCUCCGCUAGAACUAAAGCGUCUGGAAGUAUUGGAAAACCGCAACGAACACAUUGCAAGUAAUCGAAAGAAGAACGACAGUUGGCGUUCGGUGUAAAAACAAUAUGGCGACGCAUAGAUAACCGAAGAACAGCAGUAGGACGGGCCAUUAAUGUCUAGACUAUAUUAUCGGUUUCUAUCGUAUAGCUUGAUGUUACUCGUAUGUAACUGUUUUUUUUUUUUCGUUUUGUUUCCGAUAACUAUCCAUUGUCGUCUGCUGACAGAAAAUUGCCGCGAAAGUGAAAGCUGUAGCAGCCAUAAUCAUGGUAUUAGGUGCCCUCUCUAAUCUUGGAUAUCGGUUCACUGUGUUACUUGUAUGAAGCCAUUCAAUUAGCACUAAAGUAUCCAUCCGUCGUCUUUCAUCCGCCAUCGCCAGUUUCCUUUAGCUAGCUGGUUCAGGAGUUCGUCCUGAGCAAGCGACGACGCGAUCUUAUUGUUUUAGUCGCAGUUGGGUCCGCUAGUCGGAGACAAUAUUGCAUACGAACCUCGGCAUCCGUUUGCUACCACUCACUCCCUAUACUGAUUAAUUGAUAAAAUAACGAAAAACUAGAGUGUACAUUACCGAUGUGCAUUAUACAUGCAAGUCUACCCUUAUAUAACUCCCUCAAUUAAGAAAAAGACGCUGGUUAGAUGCGGAGGCAGGCUUUCAGCUUUAUAAACACUUCGGUUCUUCAAGGACGCCUCGAAUAAACGUCUAAGAUGAUGCUACCCCUGCUUAGUGAUACGGCGGACUCCUCGGAGGUCCUACGACGCCUUUCGCGUCAACUACAACGCGGUCACCCUGCUCACAAGGAUAUCCAACUACUACUCACAGUUUUGGACGACCCGCUUCUCAGAACUGUUUUACAAAUCAAGAACUCGCUGGAUGACCUGAAGGUGCUGGUGCACAAGCAUCCCUCGAUUCUUCCGCGAGACUUCGACAUUGCACGUGACGGCACCCUCGACUAUCGCUGCGAUACCGAGGAUAACACCCAGAAUGGCUCAAGCAACAACAAUCCAUUGGGUGCGGCCAGUAGUAAUGGGCCAGCAUCAGUGGUGGGCGGGGGCACAUCCGUGGGGCACCGUUUAAGCGGCAGCCGCCCUCAUUCACAGCCAUCGCUGCAUCACCAACAACAUUCACACUCACAUCAUCAGUCUCACCAUCAUCAUCAUCAUGGUCGGGGAGACGUCCUGCACGGACAACAACAGGGUGCCAAUUAUAGUGGUCUUCAGAGUUUUGAUGAAGGAUCUGGGGAGCGCUUUCUAGCGGUUGAAUUGAUGGCUGCUCCACUAGCUUCGAUUGGCGAUGGACAACAGCCUGGCUUUGGAGGCCUUGGCCUAACCAUCGUUCCUUUGACCGGCGAGGACGGCGACACGCAUUUCUACAUAAAGCACAUCCAUCCCGAUGGCGUAGCACACAGGGAUGGUCGACUGAGCGAGGGCGACAAGGUCGUGGCGAUCAACGGGACCCGUCUCAGCGGACUCGGCCAUCGGGAUGUCGUCCAACUGCUUCAACAGUACAGCUGCAACAAUAACAAUCCCCCAGCAGCAACCUGUGAGCACAGCAGUAACCUCCAGCAAGCAGGAGGAUCAGACUCGCUUGGAACAGCAACGACGAAGAUUGGAACGAACCUAGUCAGUAUACUCGUCGACACCAGCCAGCAGCUGCACAGUCAUCAGGAACAAGUUCAACAUCUCCAGCCACAGCAUAUCGGCUGCCUCGACAACAACGACCUCGUUAACAGCUGCUGGACAAGUGACGGAACACCUGCUGGUCCCAUAGGCCAGCUGCAAAGCGGCGAGUUCGUACCGGAAAUGGUGCUGAACACGGAGUGGGCGCAGGUGGAGGCGAUCGAAUUGGUGAACGAUGGCUCAGGACUAGGUUUUGGUAUCAUCGGAGGCCGAAGCACCGGGGUCGUCGUGAAAACCAUUUUGCCCGGUGGCGUUGCCGACAGGGACGGACGGCUGUUGAGCGGAGACCAUAUCCUGCAGAUCGGAGAGGUGAAUCUACGUGGAAUGGGUUCUGAACAGGUAGCAGCAGUAUUACGUCAAGCGGGCACAUCCGUACGCUUGGUAGUUGCGCGACCGGUGGAUGCUUCUGCAGCCGCUGGACUGGAAGGACUUGCGGCCCCCGUCGUACCCACAAGAAUACUCGCCGACGCUGACCAGGUUGAGCGUCACUUAGCUAUGUUCUCAAACAACAAUAAUAGCGUUGACGACAACAACGGGACGACCACGGCCGCCUCAACGUUUGUUGCCGUAGUCUCUUGUGCUUCAGGAACGACCCCGGUAACGGCUUCCGCCUCCAGCCCAAAGCCGUCCGUGCUUGCAGAAACGCCCUCUGCCACUGUGUCAUCAUCACCAGGGGUUAUCAUUGAACCUUUGGCAGGGACGCCCGCACAAGCAGGUUCGGCGAUACCGGCUGAUGAACGGCCAAGUCCUGCAGGCGGAACAGGGCCUGGGCCCACAACACCUGGCCUCGGUGGCUCCCUCGGAACGUUAUCGGCGCCCAACGCUCCUGUUGCCAGUGGUGUAGGCGGCGGUGGAGGCAGUUCUACCCUCCCCCUCGGCGUUGAGCACUCGCCGUUGUCGCAGAGUUCAUCUCAAAGCGGUGGCAAGCUUAACCAGGAAGAAAACAUAGUUGUUGCGGCGCAAGACAUGCACACGGAGCUGCUUAGCCUCAUGGGGCUCGACCAGCUGCAGCUGCCCGAGAUGGAGACCUUUGAGGUCGAGCUUGUCAAGGAUCAACAGGGACUCGGUAUCACAAUUGCCGGCUACGUCUGUGAGAAGGGAAGAGACGAGGAAAUUUCCGGGGUAUUCGUUAAAAGCGUAGCAAAAGGCAGUGCAGCUGAUCUCAAUGGACACAUUCGAAUUAACGACCAGGUUAUCGAGGUGGACGGAAGACCCCUGCAGGGAUACACGAAUCACCAAGCCGUUGAGCUACUCAGAUCUACCGGAAAAGUAGUAAAGCUACGGUUGGCACGGUAUCUUCGCGGGGCCAGAUAUGACCAGCUUCAGCAAGCAAUAAUGGCGGAGUCGGUACAUGCUGGCGCGGGUCAACAACUCAUCUCAACCGCGCAAAUGCUUCAGACACAAUCCAUGACAGCAACAGCAGCAGCUGUAUCAGCACCUCCAGUAUCUCAGCCAGUUUCAGCAUCACCUUUGCCCACGGGCAGUAUAGGCAAAACAAAUCGAUUUCAACUAUUUCCCACAACAUCAUCUUCAACAAACAACCUAACAAGUAGCAGUUGCGCCACAUUGGCGGCCACAACGAUACAGCCAACGACAAAUGCUGCAGCGAACCCACUUAAUAACAAUAGCAAUAGCAAUAACAAUGGCCCGAGCAACAACACAAUCAAUAAUUGCAGCAGCGGUACCAGCAACGCGCGGAACAACAAUAGCGGAACACCGAGUGGCAACGCUAGCAGUUACGCCCCGAAGAGUUCAGUAGCGCUGGCCAAUCUCGACAACCUCAUCCGUGGUACCCAUCAUCUGCCAGCGUCGGGACUAACCCGUCUCGGUAGUGUUAGCGGCGGAGCCAUUACGACACAGGAAAAUGAAAAAGAGAAAAUUGCGAAGUGGACGGCGGUAUUCGGUGCAGAGGACUACACGAUCGUCGUAGCUCAAUUGUGCAAAUUUCAUGAAGGUGGUGGACUCGGUAUCUCGCUUGAGGGCACGGUGGACGUCAAUGAAGCAGGCGAAGAGAUCCGUCCCCAUCACUACAUUCGCUCAGUUUUACCAGACGGACCUGUUGGCCUUAAUGGCGUCCUUCGCAGCGGCGAUGAGUUAAUCGAAGUCAAUGGACGACAGUUGCUUGGCCUUGAUCACCGUGACGUGGUCAUGACGCUCAAGGAUCUGCCCCUAAACGUCGAGAUGGUUUGCGCACGACCGAAGAAGCCACUGCCGGCAUCGGUAACUAGCUGCAGUCCGACGCCAAUGACGCCAGGGGCAGGUGGCUUGCACGGACCCCAUGGACAUCAUCACGCCUCCAAGGCGAAGUCCGAUACCUCCCUGAACAGGUAUAGUUCGGAGGACGAAGAAAGUGGGGGAGGUUGUUCUAUGGGCUUUGUGAGCACUUCCGGCAGCUAUGCGGGCAUUGGCAGUAAUUCGGGGGGUGGUUCCGGCGCUAAUAACAAACUGAACAAGCUGCGAUCGCGUUCGCUGGAGCCUUUGAGCGGGCUGGCGAUGUGGAGCAAUGAACCACAACUUAUCGAGCUGCAUAAGGCGGAGCGGGGUCUGGGUUUUAGCAUCCUAGACUACCAGGACCCGAUGAAUCCCAAUGAGACGGUGAUUGUGAUCCGUAGUUUGGUACCGGGUGGAGUGGCCCAACAAGAUGGCCGCCUGAUACCCGGGGACCGGCUGCUCUUUGUCAAUGACGUAAACCUUGAAAACGCUUCGUUGGAUGCUGCCGUCCAGGCGUUGAAAGGCGCCGCUAAGGGCCCCGUCCGAAUAGGAGUUGCCAAACCCCUCCCGCUACCAUGUCCGCAUGACGGCAACAAUGGCGCCAAUGGGGCAUCCGCUGGCGACGCAAGUGCUGGGCAGACGCCCUUGGGCGAAACUGGUACGCUUGCUGCGCUCGUCAAAUCUGAGAGCUUCUAGACGGAAAACGAUGAAAACUGACAAUGAGAGAGAACGAAUCAUUGAACGGAGCACCGUUUGAAGGCAGAAGAGGUCACCGGAAGGAAAAACAGGGAAGAGAACCAUAUUGCAGAAUGAAUGCAAAUGUGUCGUCUGUGGAUGACAAGAUCGAUAAAUUAGCUACAAUGUUAAAUUUGUGUGUAGUGAAUGUAAUCGAAGUUUUUUAUCGACACUGCCUAGCAUCAGCAUCUCUUUCUCUGAUGUCAGAACAUCCAAUGAAAAUCCAUCAGCUGUCCAUAAACCUAUUCAGCAUUCUAUUGAGACUUGUUGAAAUAGACCGACCUGAUCCUCCCUGAUGUCAACAAACUUUUGUAAAAUUGAUAAACCAGUUAUUAGAAGGAUAUUUAUAUUACCGCUAAUGACCUGUCAAAAGUAGAAUUGUAGAGGUUAGAAGCUGCAGGGGUCGAUAACAGGGUUGAUAGAAGUAUAGAGCUUCUGGUUUGACACGAAAUACACUAAUAGUAUUAAGAUUGUAUAUCGAUGAAAAAUCGGAGAGCAAUCGAUAAAAAAAGACCCUGGGGUUGACAAAAUGCUGAUGGGCCUCCCAAAUUAGGGUUUGGUCGAUGUAUUCACACUUUAAUUGAUCACUUCGGGUCAAUCGACAAGAACGGUGAAUUGACGAAACAAAUGAAUCAAGCCGGAGUCGCAGGCUUACCUGUCCAAAUCGGGCCUUCUGCAAUAUAGUGAAGUAAAGUUGAAGUUCAAGUAAAUGGCGGCCCUCAACCAGACGACAGACAUUUUUCUGCUGUAAAUUAGUGAAAAGGUGUAUAAAUCGGAUCCAAAAUUCCUAGCUACACUGCGGAGAGAAGAUCCAUGUUGUUAAUAAUAAUACUGCGUACGCAAGCGAAGUUGCGUAAAGCCAGAAGAAUAUAUAUAAACGUUUUCGUUGUUCGACACAGAGUACUCCGCUGCACAGCAGGCUAAAUGCUGAAACUCACGUUGUCUAUGGCAGACAAACAAACACUUCACCCGUCGAUUGCUGAUACGGAAGACAGACCACCCUCGUUUUGUUCACUCGUUCCAAGAGACCACAAACAGAUCAUCAGCAAAUAUCUUACUAUUAUUAACAAUAAUAAUUAUUACUAUAGCUAGAUAUGAUAACAUGAGAAUGUCAGCACACCAUUGUUAGGGAGAUGCAUCACGAAAAAUGCUAAUGGAAAGACCUAACCACUAGAUGAGCCGGCCGUUUUUAGCAUAGCUGCAAGUUACAACAAACAAAAGUUAAGAAGCUAAGACAGAUAGCAAGCAGAAAUGUAUGAGUUCGAAGCACGAAUUGAAGGAAGAUCUGUGAGCAGGAAGGAAGAAAAGCUUAUCCUUGCAUCCGAGGGCAAUCAGUCGAUCUGUGCACGGAUCGAAUGUGACAAAAGAUGCGCGUAAAACUCUAUAUAUUAUAUAUAUAUAUACAUGAUAAUGUUAUUAUACUUCAUAGACAAACAAACUGCGAGGGACAUUUCAAUGUGAAAGCAUCCAAGUGUUUGAUUAUCCGAUAAAGAAAAAAACAACAGGGAAGAACUUUAAUGAUGAUAAUGGCGAUAAUUUUUGAAAACGGCACAAGAAACAAAAUAGGAUCUUCACAAGAAGUGGCUGCGAACGUCACCGCCGAAAUUAUUACGUAGUGACAAAACUAGUUUUGGGUAUUGGCUGACAAAGACACUGAAAAAUGAAAAAAAGCCGAUUUAUUUCGGCAAAUUAUAAGAGAUGUCGUCGAUCUGGUUAGCUUUUAGGCCAACCGCUAACUUUUUGAAGGAGUUCAAUAUAUUAAAAUUUCUAGCACUCUGUGUCAUCCUACAAAUAAGCAGUGACGGCAAACAUGUAGCACUAGUUUACAACUUGAAAUAAAAUUGGAACGAUGUGCUUUCGAUAAAAAUUAAUUAAAAAAAAGACCAAAAAAUAGUAUGGAGUCAGAUGUUCUAUGUAAGGAAAAUUUUUAACUACCGUUGAUUUCGUUGGUCUUGUGAAUAUCCCAGAGUACCCUAAUGCAUAAAAAAUGAAGAAAUGUUUAGGAUACAGGUAAGCUAAAUUUAUUGUCACGUUUAAUACGAGGUAACUACUGGGUCGACGAGGAACGAUGUUAAUAAGUAAGAAAUAGUGGUCGUUGUCCUGUCAAGAAACUCCUGUUAGUUAACGAGAAAAGAAGCUGCGUUCAGCAAAAUACAAUUGGAAAUAAAAACAAUUAAACAGACACCACUGGCGAA